AUGGCUUCCAUAGUAUUGGAAGUAGCAUCACAUUGUUAUUCCCAUUCACUACAUGAAACAACCACGUCAACAAACCGAUUAUUUUCUUCAAAAUUUCAUUAUCCUAACAACAAUGCUUCCAAAUUCCACCCUUUCCCUUCAAAAUCCGCUCUUUUCGUUACCCAUAGUCUCUCUUGUGCAAGAAUUGAUUCCGCUUCGAGUACUCAACAGCCUGACCCGGGUCUUGACCCGACCCGGGAUAGGCGACGGGUUGUCAGGGUUGCGUGGGAGAAACUUGUUCGUUGGUCUAGGUCUUGGCGGUCUAAGUCCAAUACUGAUGUACUCCAACGCACCAACAAGGUUGUGGUGCUUGGAGGGGGGUCAUUUGGUACAGCAAUGGCUGCUCAUGUUGCGGAUAGAAAGGAUCAGUUAGAGGUAGUGAUGCUUGUUCGAGAUCCUCAGGUUUGCUUGUCUAUCAAUCAGACCCGCUGCAAUCGUAACUACUUUCCGGAUCAUACACUUCCGGAAAAUGUAAUCGCAACAACUGAUGCCAAGUUAGCUUUGACUGAUGCAGAUUACUGCUUGCAUGCAGUGCCUGUUCAGUUCAGCGCAGCUUUUCUCGAGAGUGUUGCUGAAUAUGUUGAUCCAGGCUUGCCAUUCAUAUCUCUCAGUAAAGGCCUGGAGCUUAAUACACUAAGGAUGAUGGCUCAAAUUAUUCCUCAAGCACUACGAAAUCCUCGCCAGCCUUUUGUUGCACUAUCCGGGCCUUCUUUUGCUCUGGAAUUGAUGAAUAAGCUACCUACAGCGAUGGUCGUGGCGUCCAAAGACAAAAAAUUGGCAGAUGCAGUUCAGCAGCUAUUAGCUUCAAAUCGUUUAAGAAUCAGUACAUCAAGUGAUGUUAUAGGAGUAGAAAUAGCAGGGGCCCUCAAGAAUGUGUUAGCAAUAGCAGCUGGGAUUGUAGAAGGGAUGAAUCUUGGUAACAAUUCAAUGGCCGCUCUUGUCUCGCAGGGUUGUUCCGAAAUACGGUGGCUAGCAACAAAGAUGGGUGCAAAGCCAACUACAAUAACUGGUCUGUCAGGAACUGGAGACAUAAUGCUUACAUGUUUUGUCAACCUCUCGAGAAAUAGAACUGUUGGUGUGCGUCUUGGAUCGGGCGAAAAGCUCGAGGACAUACUUAAUUCCAUGAAUCAGGUAGCAGAAGGUGUCUCAACGGCUGGAGCUGUGAUUGCUUUGGCGCAGAAAUAUAAUGUAAAGAUGCCAGUAUUGACAGCAGUCGCUCGUAUUAUCGACAAUGAACUUACUCCUAAGAAAGCUGUUUAUGAGUUAAUGAGCCUCCCUCAGGUUGAAGAAGUAUGA